AUGAAGGAGCAAAACAAGACUCUCAAGUCACAAGUCGAGAACUACGAAAGCCAGAUCAAGUCGUACAAGGAGCGCAGCCGAACUCUAGAGAACCGCCAGAGAGAGCUGCAGGCCGAGGCAAACCAGGCUGGCAUCACUGCUGCCAAACUCAGCCAGAUGGAAGACGAGUACAAGAAGCUACAACUGAGCUACGACGAAAGCAAUGCGAAGAUGCGACAUCUCCAAGAAGAGGAAAAGGAGCUCCGUGCUUCACUCAAGAGGACUACCGAGGAUCUCGAACAAUCCAAGAGGCGAAGCAAUGUCACCGAGACGGAGAAGAUGUCUUUGAGACAGCAGCUCGCGGAAUUGCAGGAGCAAGUGGAGCUGAUGAAGCGCUCCGGUCCCAUCAAUGGCGAGUUGUCCAAUGGUCACCACCCCAUUGCGGCCAGCAAUCUCAUCAACCUUGUGGCCUCGAAGAAGCCAAAGAGGCGAAGCGCAGGGCCCGACACUCGCGACUUGGACCGUUUCAGCCAGCAAUACAAUCCAAGGCCUGUUUCGAUGGCCGUUGGUACAACUGCUCACAGACAGAACCUCUCUGGCUCGACGUUUGCUCAGCUCGAUAACGUCGAACUUGAGCUUGAGAACAUUCUCGCUGAAGAGGAUAUGCUCAACGAUGAAGUUACGCUUGGUCUCAUCAAGAAUCUGAAGAUCCCCUCACCCACGACCACGCCUCCUCCCACUGACAAGGAGGUUCUGUUCCCAGCUUACCUCAUCAACCUCGUCACCUCCGAGAUGUGGAACAACGGUUUUGUCAAGGAGUCUGAGCGCUUCCUCGCCAACGUUAUGCAGUCGAUUCAACAGGAAGUCAUGCAACACGACUCGGACGAUGCGAUCAACCCUGGUGCCUUUUGGCUGUCCAACGUACACGAGAUGCUGUCCUUUGUCUUCCUCGCAGAAGAUUGGUAUGAGCAACAGAAGACUGACAACUACGAGUAUGAUCGCCUGUUAGAGAUUGUCAAACACGACUUGGAGAGUCUCGAGUUCAACAUCUACCAUACCUGGAUGAAGGUACUCAAGAAGAAGCUACACAAGAUGAUCAUUCCCGCCAUCAUCGAGUCGCAAUCUCUUCCUGGUUUCGUGACGAACGAGAGCAGUCGUUUCCUCGGCAAACUGCUUCAGGGUAGCAACACACCUGCCUGGAGUAUGGACAACCUUCUCAGCCUCUUGAACAGUGUCUACAAGGCCAUGAAGGCAUACUACCUCGAGGACUCGAUCAUCACACAAUGUGUUACUGAGCUAUUGCGCCUUGUCGGUGUCACUGCUUUCAACGACCUUCUCAUGCGUCGCAACUUCCUCUCAUGGAAGCGCGGCCUCCAAAUCAACUACAACAUUACGCGCAUUGAAGAAUGGUGCAAGUCACACGACAUGCCAGAGGGCACUCUGCAGCUCGAGCAUCUGAUGCAGGCCACUAAGCUGCUUCAGCUGAAGAAGGCAACACUCAACGACAUUGAGAUUAUUCAGGAUAUCUGCUGGAUGCUAAGUCCCAACCAGAUCCAGAAGCUGCUCAAUCAGUAUCUCGUAGCCGACUACGAGCAGCCCAUCAAUGGCGAAAUCAUGAAGGCUGUGGCAUCGAGAGUGACGGAGAAAAGCGAUGUGCUCUUGUUGACCGCCGUAGAUAUGGAGGACAGCGGUCCCUAUGAAAUCGCAGAGCCAAGAGUCAUCACUGCAUUGGAAACGUACACGCCAUCUUGUAAGCUCACAUGGCCAGCCAGCCAACACUUGAGUACGGUCAUGAAUGCUGACAAAACAUCAGGGCUACAAACACCCCGUCUGAAGCGUCUUGCCGAGAUCGUAUCUCAGCAAGCCAUCGCGCAGCAGGAGAAAAUGGAAUUUGACGACCCAUCCAUGAACGGUGACGGAGGAAUGAACGGACAUGGGACGAUUGAAGAAGGCAUCGAGGCAUAG